AUGCAUGCUCAACCGACAAAGACUGGUGGUGAGCCAAACCCAGUCGACACCACAGGGCUUUGCCUGUUAUCGCUGGACGGGGGUGGUGUACGGGGCUUGUCGACGCUCUUCAUCUUGAAGACAAUCAUGGACAGAUUAAAUCAUGAACGCUGUGAUGCUAAGCUUCCUUCUGUGAAGCCGUGCGAAGUCUUCAAUCUUAUCGGUGGAACGAGCACAGGCGGGCUUAUCGCCAUUAUGCUGGGCCGUCUUGAAAUGGACGUGGAUGAAUGCAUUUCGGCAUACAUCGAACUCAUAAAGGUUAUAUUUGAGGACAAACUGAAAUUUCCGCCUGUUACCAGUACACUAAAAAUUAGGUCCCGAUUCGACUCAGGGAAGCUCAAGGACGCGAUCAUGGCUGUUACCGCUCGUCACGGUUUUAGUGGGACAGAACCCUUCAAUAAUGGGCGCGAGCGUGGAACCAAAGUUUUAGCUGAGGAACCUGACAUACCGGCGACCAUCUGCGAGGCUGCCCUUGCAACGUCGGCCGCGACGGGCUUUUUUACUCCCGUGCUAAUCGGACCACGCUGUUUUGUAGAUGGUGCGUUGGGUGCGAAAAAUCCAGUGGACGAAGUGGAGGGGGAGGCUUCAAAUAUCUGGUGUCCAGACACAGGAGAUUUGAAACCCCUCAUCAAGUGCUUCAUCUCGAUUGGAACAGGCAAUCCCGGCAAACGAGCGAUUAAAGACAAUCUUUUUAAGUUUUUCUCUAAAACGCUCAAGGCAAUUUCCACAGAGACAGAAGAAACCGAGCGGAAAUUCAUUGCCAGAUGGGCUGGGCAUUUCAACCAACAGCAUUUCUUCCGCUUCAAUAUGGAGCAAGGACUGCAAAAUGUUGGCCUCACUGAAUAUAAGGAGCAAGGCCUGAUCAAGGCAGCAACACACGAGUACAUAGCACACCAGAAUCAAAGAUUCCGGGUGCGAGACUGCGUACAAAAUUUGAGGCAGAAGCAAUAUGCCACCGGGCUCCGGUUCGACAACGUUGUUCGUAAGCUUUCCUAUAACAAGGACCCCGCUGAUAAUUGGGCAGAUAGCCAUGGUGUUUUUAGAAAUAUUCCGUUCCCGAGGAACCAAGGCUUCGCUGGCCAGGAUGAACAGCUUGAUAAGCUUGAAGAGCUGCUUUUCCCACCCAGCCGCCAACACAAGGUUGCGAUCACCGGCCUUGGCGGUGUUGGCAAAACACAGGUUGCACUCGAAAUUGCUUAUCGAAUCCAGGAGACGCGACCAGAAUGUUCAAUUUUUUGGAUCCCAGCCACGAACUUGGAAGCUCUCAAACGAACAUAUUUAAAGAUUGCCGAACAGCUAGCAUUGCCAGGACUUGAUGAGGAGCGAGCUGACGCCAGAAAACUCCUGAAAGACUACCUAUGCGACGGUAACGCUGGCCAAUGGUUACUCAUAUUUGAUAACGCGGAUGACAUGAACAUGUGGUUCGGCCAGACAGAAGCCAACACUGAGCCAUGCGGGCUGAGCGAAUAUAUUCCAUGGAGUAAAACAGGUAGUGUGCUUUUCACUACACAUUUCAGGAAAAUUGCAGCAAAGCUCGCAAAGCAAAACAUGAUCGAAAUUCCAGCAAUGGACGAGGCACAAGCGACAGAGCUUCUCUCCGAACGCUUGGGCGAUAAGUCUCUUCUACACCAAAAAGAGGAAGUUGUGCUGCUUCUUAAGGAGCUUGUCUACUUACCUUUGGCGAUUGUGCAGGCUGCUUCUUAUAUGAAUGAGAACUGUGUGAGUUCCAUUUCGGACUAUCGAUCGCUGUUGUCAGGACAGGAGGACGGGGUAAUUGAUCUUUUGAGCGAAGGUUUUGAGGACGAUUGGCGAACUCAUCAAAAUACAAACCCAGUGGCCACAACAUGGCUUAUUUCCUUCGAGCAAAUCCAACGCACUCAACCCUUUGCUGCUGAUAUACUGUGCUUCAUGGCUUCUAUAGAGCCAGCAGAUAUCCCGCAGUCUAUUCUACCGCCAGCACCAACACGUAAAGCAUGGACAGAAGCGAUCGGGACGUUGAAAGGGUAUGCCUUUGUGAGCGGACGGUCUGCUGCACAGUCUUUCGACCUCCACCGACUUGUUCACCUUGCGACGCGUAACUGGUUGAGAAAGAAUGCAACUCUGUCGAAAUGGACAAUCACGGCACUGACUAGACUGGAAGCGAUUUUUCCCAGUGAUGAGCAUACGAACAGAGACAUAUGGAAGGGAUAUCUACCGCAUGUAAUAAGCCUUCUGGAAAGGGAAGAAGUCAAAAACGCGGAAAUCGAAAUUGAAAGUACGAGGUAUCACCUGAUCUUCAAACUUUCAAUGUGCCUUUCAGCGGAUGGCCGGGUGACGGAGGCCGUCAAUUACCUUGAAGAACAUUAUAAUUGGCAUAAGAGGCAAUUUGAUGAUUCGCACCCCUCUUGA